AGAUCUCAAUCAAAUAUUUGUGUACUACAUACUUAAGUUUCCACUGUAGAUUUUUACGAGUUAGUUGGAUUGUAUUUACAUACAUAUAAAUAGCUUCAAACGCAUACCGUAAAUUCGCAGACUGCAUGUUCCGCGGGCCGCUGACGCCCGAAGUGAAAACAAUUUACAACAAUCUUCCUCAUAAUAAAAACGACCCAUUUGAUUAAAAUCAAUUGAUACCGACGGCUGCUGAGCCAAAGCAUAGCCCAGACAUCGGCAGUGAUAUGUUUACUUCUAUGCUAUAGCUGUGCAUAUGGAAUAAAUCAAACGUAUGUACAGUGUCAUAUGAUAGAUUCCGACAGUAUAUCGAAACAGUCAUAGCUGGACGAACAAUUUCUACCGUCGCUGUAUUCCUAAUUGAGCCUCUACAAUGGACGUCAAACGGCUGUGAAGCAAAAAUGCUCAGAUCCCACGACACCCCCUCAGAGGCAACCUGUUAGAGUCUCGCCUUGCUCACGGUCGGAUCAUCCAAUACCAAGGUCGAGCAGUUUCCGAAAACAAAAAGACGAUCAUAAAUUUUCCGCGUUUCUCAAGUGUCGUCGUCGCCGAAAUAUUUUCCCCUUCACGCGCGAUUCAACAAGCGGAGGAGCUCGACAAACAGCGAAAGGUACGAACAACGGGAUCAAAACAAAACGGGUGUAAAACUCCCACUCGGGAGGAAAAACGGCGGGAAAACGUUGUGUGAUAUUUCCAUCGAUUGAGCCAGUGCGCAUGUUCAGAUUUUCCUCGCACAUGUAGCAUAGUUUCUAUGUUCUAAAGAAGAACCACUGGGCCUAUCAAAAGAGACAGACAGCGCAAAAAUUGAUUUCUUCGGCACGGUUCGGUGUGACGGGUCACUGCAGCGUGGGAAUCGUGAUCCAGUGGCAAUGUGCUCAUCGAUACAAUCAAGCUUCCGUACUUGAAACUGAGCUCAGGGAAUAUUUUCAGCUCAGCCAUAGAACAGCUAAUUGUUAUUAAGACGAUUCUUUCGAUAGUUUUUACAAGCCUUCGAGAGCACUAAUCGUAAAAAAAAUUGUCAGGCCAUCCGUCGUACUUCUUUUCUCUUGAGCCUAAGUUAACAUUUAAAGAAGAAAGUCACGAUGGCACAGCUAUUGCGAGCGUUUUCCAAAUUCUUCAACAAACAUCCGCUCGCAGGUAAUGGGCUAGUGUACGGAAGCUUGUACGUGGGGGCAGAAUUUUCCCAGCAAACAAUCACGAGAAAAUUCUUGAUGGAACCCCCACAGGAUAUCGAUAAGCCAACACUGGGGCGAUACGCCAUCAUGGGGACAUUCGUCUACUCGCCGAUUCUCUACAACUGGUACAAAUGGUUGGACAAGACGUUUCCAGGCACAGCCAAACGGAUCAUCGUUAGGAAGCUACUGCUGGACCAAUUUAUUCUGACGCCUCCACUAUUGGUGAUAUUCUUCACGGGAAUGUCCCUCAUGGAGCGCCAAUCCAACAUCCUGGAAGAAUGCAAGCAAAAGUUUUUGCCAACCUUCGCCCGGUCCUGUCUCUUCUGGAUGCCAGCCCAAACGCUCAACUUCCUCCUGGUGCCUCCGAAAUUCCGCGUCGUGUACGUUGGAUCGUGUGCCUUUGCCUGGGUUAACAUCCUGUGCUGGGUCAAACGGCAAAAGAUGACCACCCCGACCAGUGCCAGCUCAGCCAGUGCCGUCAUGCCGACCUCACCUUCUUCUGCUUCCACGUCGAUCGAUGCCCAAUAGAUGUACCCACUAGAAUAGAAGCAAUAUGAGUUUUCCAAUGAAUGAGGUUUUUCCAAAAACUCAAACGUAGCUAGGAACAAAAAUAUGACUUACAAAAGUUCAACUUUAUUAUUGCUUUGGACAAUUUAUUAUUCUACUUGUUGGCGUAUUUUCUUUCAGAAAUAAAAUGAAACAACUUUCUAAAAUCAA